CUCUCUCUCUCUGCAGCUGUGGUCUGCCAAGCUUCAUCUCCACACAGCAAGUGCCUUUACUUGAGCACAAGCGAGAGAAGGAAGCGGACGGUAAGCGCUGAGAGCAAAAUCACAGGAGUCAGUCUGGAGGCACCAAGAAAGCAUCUCUGACUCUGCUGAAAGUGAACAGAGGCGCGCAGUUGGUGGAGGACCACAAUGCCAGUGACUGCCGGCAGUCACAGCUGAGUACGGGGAUCGGGUUGGGCUUGGGGGGUGCGAGUCCGCUGAUGCUGUUGAUCCUGGUGUCACUGGCAAAGCUGUCGGAGCCGCAAGAGCCGGCAAACGGCACAGCGUCCGGGAUCUCACAGGAGGAGGGAGGGCGGGCGGCGAGGAAACCUUUUCCAGCAGUGACUGAGCGUGGUGAUUGUUGAAACCUGCACAUGCUUGCACACGCACCAGAAUACACCAAAACAUUUUUUUCUCUGUGGAUGGUUGGUGACAGAAAGCAAAACUUCUGGAGAGAAAAACAGCCUUCUUCUCUUUUACUCACACUAAGAAUAACUUUCCCACUUCUCGGUUUCUGUUUUGGAGUUGUUUUUUUUUGUUUUUUUAAAUCAAAGCACAAUACUAAAUAAUAUCUACUCUCAGCUGCAGAAAUUGAUUGAGGCUGGGCUGUAAAUAGAUUAUGGUGAUAAUAUUUAGGGAUUUCUCUAUCAUUUAUUAAAAAAAAAAAUCCCUGCCUGGUGGAUUUAGGUCUAUCAGAAAAGGAGAGGAUCCUGUGCGUUCUCUUCUUUUGUGGAUUACAGAUGAGCUUUGUGAUCUCCCAGUGCAUUCUCAUGGAUGAUCGCUUGCUGCCAGUCGUUAGGAUAAGGUACAAAGAGGGACACAAGUGAGUAUUGAGCUGGCUUUUUAUCUCCAAAGCUUGGUUGAACACGAGGAUGUCGACGGUGAAUCUGUAAUGAGACAUUGCAGCAGUUUGCAAGAAAUUGCAUGCAGUUGUAAAAAUCGACUUAAGGCACUGAUAAGACAGGUCUAAUGGGUCAUUCUCAGGGAAUAAAUGGGUGACGUAUCCUGGCAUUUAUUAAUUAUUACCACAGUGAGCCUGUCCAUUUACCCGUGAAGAUAAUUUACUAAAUGAGGGGUAUUGUCUACCCGGCAGGUGGCUUGGGCACAAGCGUAGAUUGAUGAAAGUGAUGCGUGUGAAUGCUAUUAAUGCAUUCUGGACUCUGACCAAAGCAGAAGCAGUGGAGGGAAACACCGCUGUCUGAUCUGCCUCCUCGCUGGUCAAACUGAGGACCCGCUGCACCCCCCUCUUCAACAACACAUCUCCCUUUGCUCCCCUCUUCCUCCUCUCACAUAGACAAGGAUGGUACCCCCGCCUCCCACCAACAAGCCCCACGUGUGCCUGUCCACCAUCCUGAUCAUGAGCAGUAUGGCGCUAAUUGAUGCCUACCUGGUAGAGCAAAACCACGGCCCCCGCAAGAUUGGCAUCUGCAUCAUGGUGAUGGUGGGAGACAUCUGUUUCCUCAUCGUCUUGCGUUAUGUUGCAGUGUGGGUGGGUGCCGAGGUGCGGACAGCCAAGAGAGGCUAUGCCAUGAUCUUGUGGUUCCUGUACAUCUUUGUGCUGGAGAUCAAGGUGUACUUUGUGUAUCAAAACUACAAGGCAGACAGGAAGAGCCUGGACGCUCUCGCCAGGAAGGCCCUGACGCUGCUGCUGUCCAUCUGCAUCCCAGUGCUUUUCGUGGUACUGGUGGCUAUAGACCAUAUGGAGUACGUGCGCGCCUUCAAGAAGCGAGAGGAGAUCCGCAACCGCCUCUUCUGGGUGGUGGUGGACUUGCUAGAUAUCCUGGACAUCCAGGCCAAUCUGUGGGAGCCUCAGAAGAAAGGACUUCCCCUCUGGGCAGAGGGAUUGAUGUUCUUCUACUGUUACAUCUUGCUCCUUGUGUUGCCAUGCGUGUCCUUGAGUGAGAUCAGCAUGCAGGGCAUCAACAUUGUACCCCACAAGAUGCUCCUGUAUCCCAUCCUCAGCCUAGUGACCAUCAACAUCAUCACUCUAUUUAUCCGUGGGGGAAACAUGAUCUUCUACAGGGACGCCAGGGUAUCUGGGAUCCUGAUUGGGAAGAACAUCCUGGCAAUCAUUCUAAAGACCUGCAGCUUUGUGCAGUACAGGAGACAGUUGCAGAAUGCUCCUCCCGCCUUUGGGGUUGAGCUGCAGAAAAACUCUAUGGCACAUGCUCGACCCGCCCCCACCACUCCCCAAGUGGUCAUGCAGGACCAGACACCACUCCCUGAGGUGACAACAUGUGAACAUACAUGACAGAGUAACAACUGAAUUCUGGAUAUUUCAAUUUGAACACACAUGACCCUCAGGAUGCUGGCAGGGCACAAAAAUACAAACUUUGUUAGGGCAUGUGAACAUCUCAAUUUCAGUUUAUGGCACACAGGAUGCUGCAGGCGUCAAUAGUGACAGCAGAUCCAAAGCUGCCAUGGUGCAAAA